AGUUUGUCCCCAAAUAAACUGGAAAAAUGUUGAAAAGUAUUGCAUAUCUUUUGCUACUCACCUCAGUGGAUGGUGCACAUCGAGUUAAGAGAAUUGUCGGAGGCAUUCAGGCAAAAUCCCCUCCUCGAGAUGAUCCUGUUGUCUUUAUUUAUCAACCGACAAAGACAAUUCGUAUAGAAGGUCUUCAGCAAGACCAGAGGGGAUUUUAUUCAUUUCUUGGCAUUCCCUAUGCAGAUCCACCGAUUGGGAAGAAUAGGUUUGUCAGGGCGAGAUUGAGGAAGCUAGUGGGAGAUUUCGAGGCCAAGAAGUAUCCUGACCCUUGUCCUCAGCCCAGUGCAAAUAACGAAAAAGAGAUUGUGGGACAAGAGGAUUGUUUGAAAUUGAACAUUCAUACUCCCGAAAUGCCAGAUCCAGACACAAAGCUCCCUGUGAUUAUUUUCCUGCAUGGAGGAGGCUUUCGCUUCGGAUCUGCAUCACAGUACGAUCCACGGCAUUUGAUUGGGCAAAAAGUUCUGUUUGUGGGUGUUCAAUAUCGUUUAGGAAGUCUGGGAAUUCUUGGUCUCGGCUCAAAGGAAAUUCCCAGCAAUGGUGCUCUUUCGGAUUGUGUGGCAGCCGUUCGAUGGACCCACAAAUACAUCCAGUUCUUUGGUGGAGACCCAGAAAAAGUGACAAUCUUGGGACAUGGUUCAGGUGCAGCUCUCGCAAUUAUGCUCUCCAUGUCAAAGUUCACAAAUCCCCUAAUCAGAGGAGUUGUGGCCAUGUCUGGAAGUGCUAUAUCACCCCAUGCAGUGGAUCUAUCUCCCAUGAGAUCCUUUGGGGAUGUUCACAGAAUUAAUCGGUGCACUAGAGAGAAUUCCCUGAAAAUCUUCAAAUGCCUGCAAAAUGUUCCUGCUACCGAUAUCAUCCGGGGAGAUUCAGAUAUUCAAUUACUGCCACAGAAUUCAGAUUUAAUUGCUGAUCUCUCUGGAUUCCUGGGAUUUUCCCCAAAUGUUGAGGAUACCGAUGAUCGUCGAGGACUUCCUGGAAUUCUGACAGAGUACCCGAACAAUUUCUUCGCAUCUGGACACUUCAAUUCGAAGAUUCGUUUGCUAAUUGGCCAGACAAAGGAUGAAACCUCUCGAUGUACCUCACUGACUAAUAUCCCGAAAGAUGCUCUGAAUACUCUCCAGGAUACUGCAACAAGUUUCCUCUCCUUCUUCAAUCUAACCAAUCCCCUUGAUUUAAUCAACCAAUUGUCCUCAACAGUGUUAACUAUGGGAAGUUUGCCCAAAAAAUUACUAGAUGACAUUAUUGAGGGCACAACUGACAUCUUUUUCAGCAUCCCAACAGUCUUUACAGCUGAAUUCUGGAGCACUUCUGCCCAAUCAUUUGUCUACAGCUUCAAUUUCAUGUCAAAAUCUUCAAUUCCCGGAGGAGAAAUUUUCCUACCCCAACUUCCGCUCAUUCAGAGCCAGAAACAGCUCGAAAAAGUAGCCCAUGGGGAUGAUUUAGUGUUCCUCUUUGAACCUAGGGAUAUCUUUGGGAACCCAAUUGGGAAUUUAAGUGUCUCAUUUUCUCCAGAAGAUGAGAAAAUUCGUCAAGGAUUUACUGAUAUGAUUGCACAAUUCACAAGGAUGGAUACACCAGACGACACCAACACAACGACUUCCGACCUCUUUAAACCAUUCUCUCACAAUAAUCUUCCUUUCAUUGAGAUUUCCAACACAAUUGCCCUCAAAGAAAAUUUCAGAUUGUGCUCCUUGAUAAAUUUCGGUGGAAUGUUCUCUUUUGCGGACAAUAUCCAGUGUGAUCUUCUCAAGAGCGUCGGUGGAGUCAAGGAAUCCGUUUCAGAUUUCGGGAAGACACUCUCAAAGAUGACAUACUUGGACAAAGUGACCAAGAGCAGUCCUGUUAAGAACAUAUUGGGAUUAUUCUCACUCUAAAGGAUAUCGAAAAUUAAAAUGGUCUAAUUUUGUAAUAAACUUCAAAAAUAUUACUAUAAAUAAAAUUAUUCCUGCAA